AUGGGUCGGUUUGUCUUGGCUUGCUUCAUUCUAGCUCAGAUCUUGGUUUUCCGAACAAUGGCUGUUAGAUCUGAAAGUUCAGAACCAUACCCACCAAAACUGCGGGUUCGAAGCUUUCUUCAGUCGGAAAAGAUGGUGAUUAGAACAGCAGAUCCGCCUGUAUCAAGUGGUGGUCCAGAGGCUUCAUCAUCCUCAUCAGAGGAGGAGAGAGCGUCAAGUAUAGCUGAAGCACCAGAGAACAGAAGGAUGGGAAAGCAUCACUCCUCUGAUAAGUCAGUGGCUGGUGGGGGUGUGAUCAUUGGCGGACUUGUCACUGCUAUUUUUGCAGCUGUUUACUGCUACAUACGGGUUACCAGAAGAAGAGAGGCUGAUAAUAAGCAUUAA